AUGGAUAUUCCAGACGCACAAGCUCAGACGAUGAGCAUUCUGGACCUACCAGGGUCCCUCGGGGUCAAUGUUGACGAUAUCAUCUCCUUUAGCGAAGAGGGCGCCACACAUGAGGACACAGGCGCGGGACAUACUGGUGCCGGGAUCCUCCUCGUGGCCAAAAUAUGUGACGCCGUGUUGCACUGGGGUGGCUACGGCGACGAGGACGCCCAGAAAGUCGCCAACCUCGUCGCGAGGAACUUAAUCACCUGUGAAGCAUCGCACGUUGAAGGGGAGCAUCAGAUCAGCAGCGACGAGCACAGCAACAGUGGGGAUAUGGAAAGAGAGGUUCCAGGGAAGACCGUCGCCUCGAUGCUCAAAAAGCUCCUCGAUCCUACUGUUCCCCAUCCAAGGCAUGUCCACAUAAACUCCAAUGAGCCGGUGUUGCUCAUCAAUUUCGAACAAAAUUUCCACCCAAAGGACAGAAACCAUGUUAAUGACGUGGUCGAUGCAACGGUUGAGCAGCUGCAACAGCAGUGGAAUGUAUGGCCCGUUCGUGUAUAUGGCCAUGUGGGCGCGUUGACACGGCGGGAACUAGAGGGGGCUGGCAAUGCUGCUAAAUAUGGAGAUAUGCGUGACGGUCGCUUUUCCAUGACAUUGCUGAAUGUCGUAAACACUGAAAUUGGUGGCCCGAGCAUGCCCCAAUUACUCGAUGCCUCAUGCGACGCACCUGAGUGGAGGAGGUAUGUGAGGCGGGAGGUGUGGAGGGGACGCGACCUCGUGUCUCGUGAAGAGGGCGAGGGAAGCUGGAGUCAGCAGGAUGAUGUUGCUGCCGCAGAGGCCGACAAUGCUUCGGAGCGAUCGUUUAGGAGCGAAAAUGGGGACGAUGAUGAUCAGUCCGUGGGCUCAGAUGAACUGAGCUUGGCCAUCCCGAAGAGUCCGGAGCAGCCUGAGUCGCUGGGCCGGGAGGAUGAAGCGACCGAAGCGCACGAGCAAGGAGACCUGGAGAACGGUGCUCAUAGAGAAUCUCAACACUCCGCACAUCUCGAGGAGUCAUUCGAGAGCGGCAUUGAUGAUGGCGACAAUGAUCGAGAGGCGGCUUCCGCCACGACCCAGAGUGAGCCGCCGUCGCAGGACGUCAAGCACCCGACAUGGGAACGCCACGAUGACAGCACGUCCCUGAUCGACCUUAUCAGAUCUCAGGCGUUGAUGCUUGCGCCAUUUGGAAUAGAAGAUGCAGGACACGGUGUCGGCGACAUUGAGGGCGAGCUGACCAAGUCGAGAUCGGAGAGGGUUGGGUCACCAUCCCCCGAGGAGGACGAGUUUGUCGUCGUCUGA